CAGGCGAUUCAUCAAUGAAAAGAACGACAGAAGUAGAAGUGACGGACGGAUUUAGGAAAAUGAGAAUACUAUUGGGAUUGGUCGGGCGGGGAAGGUUAUCAUUAUUUUGUUUGAGUGAUUCAUUAAUAAGUAAUUUUAUACUUUUUACUGAGUUUUCAUCACUGUGACUAACUGACAAGAAGCGCCGCAAUGUUAAAAUUCUACAAACAAUGUCAGUGAUUUGGACAGACCGUGUUUUGUGGAUUUUUGUAUCAAAAAAGUGUAGUUGUGUUUUGUAAGAUUCGAAAAUUAAAGUCCAACAUAAUGCCUUUCGAUUUUCUGUGCUGUGUUAGACCUGGUGUCGAAGAUGUGGUGGAGUUGGACUAUUCGCACCAGUCCCUGGUAGACUUCCCCACUGAAGUUUUUGUGUAUGAAAGGACGCUUGAAACUCUUUAUUGUCAGAGUAAUCGUGUGACGGAGCUCCCGCGCCAACUGUUUAUGUGCCAUGGAUUAAAAUACUUGGAUCUUAGUGAUAAUGAAGUGUCAACUAUACCAGCAGCCAUAUCUUCGUUAGUGAAUCUUCAACACUUAAAUAUUAGUAGGAAUACAUUAACAUCAAUACCAGAAAACAUGAAAGCACUAAAGUAUUUAGCUUUUCUUGACCUUAGUGUUAAUCCCUUAGAGAAACUGCCAGAUGCUAUUACAAACCUGACUGCAUUACAAGAGCUGUACCUAAAUGAUACAUACCUGGAGUAUCUUCCAGGUAAUUUCGGACGUCUAGCGAAUUUAAGAAUACUUGAAUUAAGGGACAAUUAUUUAAUGAUUUUACCGAAGUCACUGUCUCGAUCAACCGAAUUACAGAGAUUAGAUAUAGGGCAAAAUGAUUUUCAACAAUUUCCUGAAGUUAUUGGAAGAUUUGUCAAGUUAAGAGAGUUGUGGAUUGACAACAACAACUUGACAUGCAUUACAUCUGUUAUAAAACCAUUAGAAAACUUGAUACAUUUGGAAGCCAGUAAUAAUAUGAUUGAAGAGCUGGCUCCUGAGAUUGGAUAUUGCACUCAAUUGGUGGAUAUAACUUUAUCAUUAAAUAUCUUGACACAGUUGCCAGACAGCAUUGGACAAUUGUGCAACCUGGCCACAUUAAAACUAGAUAAUAACAGAUUAUAUUCAAUACCAGAGAGCAUAGGACAACUAGCUAAUCUGGAAGAGUUGAUGCUCAUGUGCAACUACUUAGAUAAAAUACCAUCUUCUAUAGGACUUCUGAGAAAAUUGAAAUAUCUGAAUAUUGAUGAUAAUAUGUUGACAGCUAUACCUCCUGAAAUAGGAAGUUGUACCAAAUUGUCCGUGCUAUCCUUGAGAUCAAAUAAAUUGACCAGAGUCCCUCCAGAAGUUGGUCAUCUAACUUCAUUAAGAGUGUUAAACUUAGUAAGGAAUUCACUAAGUUGUCUUCCCCAGUCCUUGUUGAAUUGUGAUAAUUUAGUAGCCCUCUGGCUAUCAGAAAACCAAAGCAAACCUUUAGUGCCUAUGCAUUCUGAAGUAGAUCCUCAGACAUAUGAACAAGUCCUCACUUGUUUCCUCUUUCCCCAAGUGCCUUUAACUCCUAUUGAAAUGAAAUUGGAAAAUGAUAAAUCUGAAAAUGUGGAAGCCAACUCAUCAGCCCGUCAUAUCAGUUUUGUUGACAUGAAAGCCGCUCCAAAAGUUACUGAAAAGCCAGGACAGUUAAAGCGAGCUCCAACACCUUACCCCAAAGAAUUAAGAGCAUUAGCAAAGCAUGCCAGAAAUAUACACAAAGAUGGUACUCAAGAUGUUACUCCGCCUAUGCAAAAUGCAGUACACAUUAAAGCUGCUAAAAUAACACCCACAUUACAACAAAGAUUUGCAUCAGACAACAAAUUAGACAUAGAAAAUACAGGAAAAGGUAAUUUAGGUAACACAAACAAAGAUCCAGUAUUGAAAACAUCUGUAUACGACAAUCUUCCAGCUGAGAAUGCAUAUGAUAAACCACUAGAUCUUUCAUAUGAACAUGAUAAAAGUUAUAAAAGUGUAGACCAUGCUUUGUAUCCUGAAAAUACUGGGACUCCUGGUGGUGACUUUAAAUCAGAAAAUGGUGAUAAUUACCUUUUACCUCAAAGACAAUAUAGUUCAAAACAGACUGAUAAAUACAGUUCUAGACAAGAAAUGGAUAGAGCAAAUGUACCUUUACCACAAAAUGUAUACCGUGGCCAUAUAGAACAUAAAAAUUAUCCAUUACCAACUGACGCUACUUACCGGGUAGGGGUUGAUGAAACCCAUAAUCGACUACAGAGGCUGAGUCUUAGUUCACAAGACAGACAACCUGUCAACGAAGCUGUUCUAUCUCCACAUUUUAGCGAAACUGCGUAUAGCACGAGACCUGUCAUGGAAAAUUUAUCUCCUUAUGAUCCACUAUAUGCUAGGAAAGAUCACAUAUGUCAUUCAGUGUCAGAAAAUAAUUAUCAUGAAAGUAUAUAUGAUAGCGACAAUUGUGCGCGUGCCAAAGAUAAAAUUUAUGGGCAGCGGAAUUAUGACGCCUAUAAUUACCACUCUCAUGGGAAUCGUGAUUUGCCAAGUCCUAGGUUACACACUGUUAGUCAAGUGGUUAGUUCAACUACUAUGCCAAAUUUAAGUAGUUACAGUAACGUAUAUCCAGGUGCUGUAGUAGGAGGUCAUGAAUACUCAACAGCCCUGCAUCAACCACAGCCACAAAAUGCCAAUAUUUACGGUAUACCGGCAAGUCCUACUUACAUAUCCUCGCAGUCGCCAGAAUUGUACUCUCCGACGGGGCAUACUAACUCGACCAAUCCGUAUCGGAUGGCUACCACCCCUCUGAUAUCCGAUGAUGGAAGUUACAGUCACGUACAUUCACCCACUAGCCAAAAUAUGUAUGAUUUAUAUGAUUCCAUUCCGGCUUCAUCUAAUCCGCCGAGUGUGGUUAACCACCGGCAUAGUCCUAGCAUUUCUGAGCCAGUUUACGGUCGAGGUCAGCCUCCGCCUUAUCACAUUGCAGCUCCAUACACGAAACACGCACAGUAUUUUAAUGGCACGGGAGGAUAGUGGUGUGUGCAACCCGGAAGACCGCGAGUUUUCCAGAGGAUACACUCCUGUGAACGUUAUUAAAGUUAGUUCCAAAUAUUCGGUGAAUUAACAUCUGUUUUGUAUCAUUGGUUUUUGUUCUCUGCAUGUGCAAUUUAAAUGUGAUAUAAUUGUGUAAAAUGAAAAUAUUGUUGUAGUAGAAACUAAUAUUAAGGUGCUAAGGGACGAAACAUAUUUGUUGUUGGAAUAUCUAUCAAAUGAAUAUAAUGUUAAAGAAAUUGAAUUUAUUCAAAUAAUAAAUUGAAAAUAAUUACGGUUUUAAAUUAAUGUAGCGCGUAUUUAGGAAGUGGUAGGUACUGAUUAAGUACGAAUGUAACAACUGUGUUGUUUAAAAAAUCGAUUGUAAUAAGUAUUAAAUUCUAUCUGUUUAGCUGUAAUAUAAUGUAUAAUCUCGAAUUUUUAUCGUAAAAUAAUCGGAUUGUAACUUUCCAGUUUUAUAUAUUUUUUUUAAAGAGAAAGAAGUGAGAAUGUGUAUUUGUGGUAUUAUCUGGAGUGGCAAGGUGCUGUGCCCUAAACUAUGUACAAAGGGCCUAGUUUCUGGGUAAGCUACAGCUAAAUGUUGUAACAUACCUAUUAUUUUAAUGAAGAUAUUGUUUUGUAAUGAAUGUCUAUGAUAUAUAUAUUUUUGUAAUUUUGUGAUAUUCAUGAAUUUAUCGCAUAAUAUAACGUUUUUCUUACAUUAAGUCAGGUCAAUGGAAUAGGUAUUUUCAAAAACCCUAUAUUUUUUAAGUUUUUAAUUGAAAACAUCGUGCUACAUAUCAAUUAAGUAUUUAAUCGUUGACUUUAACCCUGUAAGGAGUUAAUUGCUUUGUACAAACAUCGUCCACGCUUAUAUAAAAGCUUAAGCAAUUAUUAUCAAGAUGAAAAAUAUAAUAACCAGUUAAUUCCCUCACUCUUGAUUAUUUUCUUUAUAAUAAAGUCAUACAAAUAAAAUAGCACACAAUUCGACACAGUUUAACGGCCACAAUAAAAAUGAUUUGCCGUUUUAUUCAGUUCGAAUUUUGCGUGGCCAUAGUACUUAAGCAAUUAUGGAAACAUGAAAGCUUUGAUUUGAAUAGAUUAAAUAUUCCGCACAAUAUUACUCAUAUUUGUACCUUCCGUGUUUUGCUAAAUUAAUAUUUAUCUACUUAAUUUACUUGGUUCAAAACGAACUUAAUUUAUUUAUGCAUUUUACACUUUAUUUCGAUAAUUUCAUAGUGAUUUUAUAAGGUUGCUCGUCAAAUUGAAUAUGAGAGUGUUUACUUUGUAGCCAUAAACAAGAGACCACAACAUUUUUUUAAAACGUAGCCAUUCUCAGGUUUUGUCAUGUUGUCGACUCGUGGGUGUGGUAACAAACAUACAAUUUCAUAUGAAAUUGGACCUAUAUACUUACAUUACACCCAGAUCAUAACAAGAAUUUAGGGAUCAUAAAAACUAAGUCUCUUAAUACUUUCUUUUUGACCAAUUUCGAUAAUUUUUUAUUUCGUCUACUACAAAUGCCUGUGAUAAAAAAUAUAUUAAAAUCUCCUGUAUUACAUCUCGAUUGUUACUAUUUCAUCGUCAGUUUGCCCAUCGAGAAAAUAUCCCCUCCGUUCUUCCCCUCCGUCCAUUGCUUUGCCACAUUUCGUCGCUUCUAGUGACUCCUAUUUUAUAAACUUUCGGUUGCAAUGCAACUGGCGUACGGUAAAGCUGAAUUAUUUUUGAACUACUAACGCACAAUUUUUACGUAUUUAUAAUGCCUUGAUUGUUAUUUCUAUAUUUUUUAACACAUUUACCUAAACAUACCUAUCUUAAACAUAUAUGGGUUUGUAUAAUACGUAUCCCGUAUAUUCUGACUGACUGUGUAAAAUAUGUCUUUUUAAUAUUAUUUUCUAUCUACGACUGUGCUAAUGUUUCGAAUGAAACUCCAAAAAUGUAUUCAAUCGCAUUUUAUGUUUAAAUAGGCUGAAUAUAAGGUCCUGUUUUCCAUUUUUAAAUGUCCAACGGUGUUCCAACACUGCUGUAAAACGUUUACUCACUUCAGAAUAUAUGUUUUCUUAAAACGUUAAAUCACAAUACUAUCUAAUAAUAUAAGCGCGUUAAAUGUAUGGUGUUUGUAAUCAUUUUUAUCAGCUGUAUCGAAGCACCGGAGAGAAUCGCAGCGAGCGAAAGACUCAAAUUCCCUGACUAGUAGACUAAAAGUAAUAUUAUUAAACAUAUAUAUCCUUGAUCUGUUCCAAAACAGGGAAGUACACACACUUUUUCCAUGCCUUAAUUAUAUACUUGACUAUUCAACCAAUAAUUGCUUACAAAUUACACUUUUCAAGUACUUAAUUUGCAAAGGUUGUUACUUUAAAUUCGAUUUUGCACAAAACAGAUGUCGCUUUGUUCGUUUUAGAUCUAAGUGGUAACCUAUGUUGUGUAUGCUUCUAGUUUCGAAAUAAUUAAUGUUAGCUUGAUUUCGUUGCUUCGUGCGAACUAUAUGGUUAACAAGGAAUAUUUUUGGUAUCUUUUUAUUACUAUUUUGUAACUAUAUAUACAUGUUCAGUACCUGUAUGACGUAUAUGAAUAUUAGUUUGGUGUAAUGCUCUCUACUAUUAGCAUAUAAAUAGUAUUAUUUAAAAUAUAUAUACGUACGCCAACUGGAAGGCCAUUGGAUUUUGUCGUUGUAACAUUGUUAUGAGCGAUAGAAAUAAUAGGAAAAUAGUUAGUAGUAAAAUAAUAAAUUACAAGUAUCUGUUAUAUCAGUGACAUUCAUGGAUCAUUAUAACUCCGCCAUCUUAGAUGUGUUGAGUACCUAUUGACUGUAGUAAACAGUAGAAUAUUAGUCAAAACCGUUUUUUAUAAGUAUUUUUGCCGAAUAAAUUAGAUAAUGAUGUACAUACAAGUUGCAAAAUUGUUAGAUACCUAAGAUAUUAAUAAGUUGCGCAGAAAGUAAAUUUGUUGAAUGAUUGAGUAACUAAGUAGUAAUAUCUACCUAAUUUGUGAGUAGGUAUACAUAGUUCAGUGUUUUCAUCCAUCAAAACGUUGCACAUUUAAAAUUUAUAUUAAUUACACCCGUGUCAUAUUUUUGUUGAGUUAAAAGAACUGCCAAUGUUUGUAUUUAUAAAUAUAUCUACUAUUAGACUUGGAUCGAAUUUCCAGUUACGUUUUUCUACGUACUUAUCUAUAAUUAUUCUAAGAUGAUUCAUGAUACUGAUGAAGGUCCUCGGAUCUUAUCUUGUAAUGAGAUAUAAUACUUUUUAUAAACCGAGCCAAUUUCAUGAAUAUAAUUUAUUUUUUAAUAUUUAUUUACAAUUGUACGAGUACAGAGUAUACUGCCAAUUCUUUAAAAUUACUUGAUAAAUACUAAAUUCUAAAUGAGGAAAAAUUUUUUAUAAAGAAAUAAACAUUUUAUUUUGAUUUACAAAACAUUCUUCAAUGAAAAUUCAUAAUAUUUCUUGUAACUGUGACACAUUCAGGUAAUUGAAUAAAUAUUUUUCAUAAAUGUUAUCCUAUUUUAUUUUAUGACCUUUUUGUGUACCUAACACACAAUGCCUGCUUAUUUACUUAGUUAAGGAAAACUAGGUACAAAGUUGUUCUUAGUUUUCCGCCCCUAACAAUGAAACAAAUGAACCGUUAUCUUCCCGCCCACACACUAAAAUUGGAGUGGUAACAGGUAACAAUCAAUAGCUUCGCUUUUAGGCAAGGAAACUUGGGAACGCACGUCUCAUUUAAAGAAUUGUUUUAUUAAUUCAACAAAGAUAUCUUUAGCUAAUGCUUUUUAACCAGAAGUAACAUUUAACUUUGAGAAACCACGAAAGAAAUCAAUUAUUUAUUGAGGGACAAUAAUAAAAAGUACGUAACUUCCUACAUUUUAUGGUAAAUAAGGUAACUGGGCAU